UUCCGAACCCUAAUUGCUUCGUUUUCUCAAUCCUAGUAGAUUCCUAAUUCCUCCUCUCAAUUCCUACUUCCUCCUCUCUAUCGCGUUCGCCGCAUCUUCUUCCUCUCUUUCGCUCUCCUCUUCUCUUCUUUGAUGAAGGAUUUCUCAACAAUUAAUCGUCCUCGCCCACCAUCCAUCUAAAAUUAGGGUUUCUACGUGGUCCUUCCUAGGGUGAUCUCCUUUCUCCUCUGAUUGCGCCGUCCGCUGCCCUUUUCCUCCCAAUUUAGCCCCGCUUCUUGCAAAUUUCUUAGAAUUAGGGUUUCGUUAGGGUUCACUCUGGAUAGGGUUCGAUGGCCUUCCACCAUCCAGGGCCGGGGUCGGCGUCCGGUUCGGCGUCGAGCUCGAGCUCCGGUUUCCAUAUCCUGAACUCCCCCUUCGGCGACACGACGGACACGAAGGUCUUCGUCGGCGGGCUCGCCUGGGAGACGACGAACGAGUCGUUGCGCGCGCACUUUGAUCAGUUCGGAGAGAUCCUUGAGGCCGUCGUCAUAACCGAUAGGCAAACUGGCAGGUCCAAGGGUUAUGGUUUUGUUACUUUCCGUGACCCCGAAUCUGCAAGAAGAGCUUGUGUAGAUGGAAACCCGAUGAUUGACGGCAGGAGAGCAAAUUGUAAUUUGGCUUCGCAGGGUCGACCGCGGCCCGUUCUGCAUUACACACGCCCAAGGUCAGCUGGUCCCUACAUUGUGCCUUUUCAAAGGGGGCCUCAUGUUGGAGAUUUCGCUCAUCGGCAACAAGUUCCAUUCAGCUACCAACAAGUUUUGCAAUACCCACAACAUGGUUACACAUAUGGCCCGGAAUACGUUUAUCCACAAUACACUCCAUAUAUGGCGCAGCAAUACUUCCAACUAUAUGGUGUCCCAGGUGCUGUAAAUCCAGCUGUUUACCCAUAUGGACAGUUUGGCCAGCCAGUUCUCGGGCAUGGUUACACGACAGUUCACGGUUACUCACCGCAUGGUCAACCUUUUGUUCAAUUGAGUGGGCCAAAUGUCAAUGGAUUAACUUCUGCCCCUGGGCCUGCAGUUCAGUCACCCUUUCCAAUAGGUGUGGCAACACCACUCACACCAGUUCCAGCCCAGCCACGUUUCCUUGUCCCUGCUCACUCACCUCAGAUUACACAAGGCAGUGGUUCAGAACAAACAGCAGGUUGAAAUGAAAAUCUGGAUAACAUUACUUCAAGGCAUCUAGGUUGCAGCAGGACUAAGAAAAGCUGUUGCUGCAAGUCAGCGGCAUGCAUUCUUGCCUUGCAAGCUAUAAUCAUUGCAUUCUAGAGGUUGUCUGUAAUCAUGGUCGCCAGAAAUGCCACAAGGUCAUCGAGUCGGGUUGCUCCGAGGGAUGGAGGUAAGAGAGAAAAGGACAGAGAGCUCAGUAUUGGCUCUUUGUCGGUGCUGCUGUGUCUGUACAUUUUCUGCCCUACUGAGUAAUUUCUUAAUUACCGGUGGAGCAUUCAUUGUGUGAAGGAUGCCGAUAGUUGCAUCCGAUUGUAUAAUAGGGUGAUGGGGUGUCGGAAUGGAGUCCGACAACACCGCAGGAAGCAUAAGAAGAAGAUUAACUAUAGAGAAUUCAAAUAAUUGUAUCAAAUUGCAUGAAGCAUGAACCAUGUUGUAUGGAGUCACAAGUCCAUUCGGUCAUGGUUCCUGGAUCGACGGGUGUUUCCAUUUCCAUUCUAGUUGUAGCAUUCGUUGCGUCGAUACAGUGUCUAGCUGUGGGGAUUCAUCACUUGGUUAAUAAAGUCGGAAGCGUCCAAAGUAGAUUUGAGUCCA